CGCUUUUGGCUUGUUGUUGCGCUUCGGGGAGGUGCUUAGGCGGGGGCGCUACGCGAAACUUCGAGGAGAGGAGAGCCCGUCACCAUAGUCCGGAGUCGAUUUCUGGAUAAGUUGGCGGCUGGGUAAAAAUGAGUAAAAUACAGAAGUUUUUCAAGGGCGGAGGAGGCUCUGGCUUCCCCAAGGGGAAAGGCAAAGGGGGCCCCACCCCCCAGGAGGCUUUAGCCAGGCUGCGGGAGACGGAGGAGAUGCUGACCAAGAAGCAGGAGUAUCUGGAGGCCAGGAUAGAAAAGGAGCUGGCGCUGGCUAAGAAGCACGGCACACGCGACAAGCGAGCUGCAUUGCAGGCCCUGAAGAGAAAAAAGAGAUAUGAGAAACAGCUGAGCCAGAUCGAUGGGACACUUUCCACCAUUGAAUUCCAACGGGAAGCUCUUGAAAACUCCUACACUAAUGCAGAAGUGUUCAAGAACAUGGGAUAUGCUGCCCAAGCUAUGAAAAAAGUUCAUGAAAAUAUGGACUUGGACAAAAUUGAUGAUAUGAUGCAAGAUAUCACUGAACAGCAAGAUAUUGCCCAGGAAAUCACAGAAGCUAUUACAAGAAAAGUUGGUGAUGAGUUUGAUGAGGAUGAGCUGCUGGCAGAAUUGGAGGAACUGGAGCAAGAAGAACUUAAUAAUAAAAUGAGAAAUGUCCGAUUACCAAGUGUACCGGCUACACCACUGCCAUCCCAGCCUGCAUCUUCAAAGAAGAGACGGGAAGAUGAAGAUGAAAUGCAGCAACUAGCAGCCUGGGCUUCUUAACACCCAUCUGCAACUGUUAUAGACGUUCAUAGAACAUGUUUAUGUUGUAUAUACAGAAUGCGGUUGUGCUUGACAAAAGCCAAGAUUGGUCCCUGGUGGAAUUUUGCAGUAUGUGUGUGUCUAUGUAUUGACUUUUUAAAAAGAGCCGGCUUUACUCAAGCCUGGGUUAGCUUUCUUCUUUAGCUGUGGUCUCAUCUGACUUUCAUACAUAUAUACAUACAUACAUCUUGAAGAAACCAGGUGACUUUUUUAUAUUACUGGUAAAAAUUGAGUAGUCUUUUUCUGUACAGUGUUACCAUGUGACAUUGAGGGUGGGUGGGUGGGUGUGGUGAGGGGGCAUGCCUGCCUGCCUAUGGCUUAAAUGAAUUGAGUUCAGUUCUGUAAAAGCAAGUGGUGUUGAGAGCCAAAUCACGCACUUCCAGACUGUUGCUUUUCCUUCUGGCCUGUACUGGCUUUUGCUCAAAGCGUGCUCAGGUUGUAAAAGUUGUUUGCCGCAGAGAAUGGGUUCUGAUACAGAAUUGAAAGAGAACCCUUUUUCUGGUAGUUUUUAAGUUUGGAGUGGUUGGAAUAUGUGGUCCCACUAAACUCUAAUUACACUGCUAGAUUUAUCUGUUUUAGCUGGGUUUUUAUUUCCAUCCAGCUAUGAUCUUGCAGGAUCCUAUGUGGAAGAAGUGAAGAUUGUUGUGGUACCUUAAAGGCUAGGAGUGAAAUCCUAAGCUACAGAUCCAUUGGUAGACAGAGGUCUGGAUGGGGCACAAGUGUCCCUCCACUAACAGAGGGAAGCUCCAUGAGCAGGGGUGGGGAACAUUCACAGCAGGAAGUCCAGUUAUGUGUAUAGGAAGUUCUACCAUCAUGAAUGUAUUACUGGGGUUUCCAUGGGUAGUAGGCUCUAAAAUGAGGCAACUUGGAGGAGGUCCUAGUUUCAAAUCCCAUUUCUUCUUUUGAGACAUUCCAAGAUUGGCUUUAUUAGCCAUACCUCUCUGGAGCUAUAGUACUUAAGUUUCCCUACUGGGGGGAAUUCAAAGCAAGGAUCUGUCAGGCCUGUUUUUUGUGACCCUGCCCCCACUAAACACAGUACUCCUGAGUUCUUUGGAAAUGGUGGAUUGCCAAUAAGAUCUUUGGAAAUGGUCAAUUGUCUCCUCUGCCCCAGCAGUUAUGAUUCUUCCUUAACAGGAAGUACGUAUGCUCAUUAGUGCAUGUGGAAAAUUACUGGGGCAUCACUAUUACAGGCAUAUGAGCCAUGAAACACAAAGCCACUUUUCCUUAGCCUGCUGCCACCAGCUGUGUUGGACUGUUGCAGAUAAUAGUCAAACAUAGGUGGAGAAAGGCUACCCUGUGCAAGUUAGCAUAUUGGGUACCAUUUGAUUUCUUUGCAAACUGACUGAUUCUCAUAGGAGUUAGAUUAGCUUCAUUUUAAUAAAGGUGGCCAGGGAACAGGAAGAGUAUGUUUAGUUCAGUGACCAUUCAAUUUAUAACUCCCUUUUAUCAAAUCCUUUAAAAAUGGAAGGUCACAAUCCAGUAAAUCAAAGGACUUAGCACAGCUAUGCCAGAGAGAGGAUAAGAAUAAUUUGUUCCUUUUUCUUCCUCACGUACCUUUCUUUAAAAGUUACUAUUUAAUAUUGAGGCUUUAUUGUGGUAUGCCUAAAAAUGGCAUGUCUCCAUUGUCAAAUGGAAAAUCUUAAUACAUUUUUAAGGUUGUGGCUUUUGAAAUGUCCUCCUUCCCUUUGUUCACUGUCUUUCCUUUUUUUCUUCUGUCCAAAUGAAGCACUUUCCUCUUUAACUAUAUGAUACAGGAUAAAUGUAUAUAACUUUGUGUACCUUAUUUCAAAAAUGAUCAUUUUAAAAUAGGGAGACGGAACUGGUUAUGUGCAGACAAAUUUCAGAUGCAUGAAUAGUGCGGGUGAAUAAAAAUUACUGGUUUAAAAACAACUUUCUGUAUUUACAUUCAGCAUGUUAGUUUUAGGGAGCAAUCCUAUUGGUGGUGAACAGAGGCCCCUGAAGUCAGAGGCUCAGUAUCUUUUUGUAAAACACAGUAAGCUAAUCACAUAUAAUACUAUUUUAAUGGUAUUGACCUGAUUUUCUCUUAUAAAUUAGUGUCAUAUCAGUGGGGCAAAGGUAGAUUGGCAGUCCUCCGGGCUAUUAGCUGCUGCCUAAUCAUUAAAAUCUGAAUGGGAAAUGUGACCAUUGCCCCUUAAGUCCAAAACAACUGGAAUGUUCUAGGCUGAAGGAGGAUGAUUUAUGGCUACAAAUAAGAGAUGAACUGAAUAUUUCUAGUUAGUUCAGGUGUAUGAAUGAACCAGGAUUGUCCUGUUGCAUUCUUGGAAAAAUGUGCCAAACCAGAGAAACUGACUGUAUAUUGAUUAUGAAUGAGUAUUAUGUGUUUCUUGGAGUCAGUACAUAAAAUCAUACGUUAAAGUUCAUACCUCUUGGCUUCAUAACUAAGGCACAGUUUCAACAAUUGCUUGGACUGGGUGCUGAAAUGAAGAGGUAGUAUGGCUUGGGAACAUGAAUGUGAUACACUGCGCACAUCAGCAAUGGUCUUUUGGAUUCUGAUGAAUAUAUGCAUUCUGUCGUGCUGCUGGUGUUAAGUAUAUGGUUAGAUGUGUUGGGGUGUGUGUCUGUAGUCCCAA